CUCCCUCUCCCGAUAAAUAAUUUUAAAUAGAUCCCUGCCAACAAGGGCAAGCAGGAAAAGGGCAUGGCCUGUUACUCUUUGACUUUGUGGAGCCGUCACCAGUAACUGCCGGGCAACUUUUUCUGAGACUAGCAAGAGAGGCUUGGCUGUAAGCGCAAGUAGUAAAGUAUAAAUUAUUCAUAGUCCGCAGACGUGGGAUAAAGCACCCUAUCAAAAAAUUAUGGCGAAGCGGAAGGUUUUCUCAACAAUAGAAUUUAUUCAUUUCAACGAUGUCUACAAUGUGGAGAGUCGAACCAAGGAGCCAGUCGGCGGUGCGGCACGAAUGGUCCAUCGGAUUGGAGAAAUUCGCAAGCGCGCCUCCGAAAACGCCCUACCCGAACCGGUGGUGAUAUUUUCCGGAGAUGCAUUUAAUCCAAGCGUCAUGUCGACUAUUACUCAGGGAAAACAAAUGGUUCCUGUGUUGAACGCUGCGAAAGUCGCCGUAGCUGUGUACGGAAAUCACGACUUCGACUUCGGGGUGGAGCAGCUGGAGAAAUUGGCGAGUCAGUGUAAAUUUCCCUGGCUCAUGUCCAAUGUAGUGAACAAAUCCACAAAAGAUAAGCUUGCUGAUGGAGAAGAAACGGUGGUGCAGGAAAUCGCAGGCCACAAGGUGGGAUUCCUGGGCGUAGUUGAGCGUGAAUGGCUAGAAACACUGGCAACGAUUGACGUAGAUGAUGUGGAGUAUGAAGAUUACUGCGUGUGCGCACGGCGCUUGGCGACCAAGCUACGAGCGGACGGCUGCGAGCUAGUGGUGGCGCUGAGUCACAUGCGAGUGCCGAACGAUGUGCGACUGGCGACCGAGUGUGGCGACGUUGUGGACCUGGUGCUGGGCGGUCACGAUCAUCACUAUGCGGUGAAAAAGUAUGGGGAGCAUGACAUCUACGUUUGCAAGUCGGGCACCGAUUUUCGUCAAAUGACAGUGCUGCGAAUUGAGUUCAGCGCAAUGGAUCGGCCAAAAGUUGUGGACUGGUGCUGCGAGAAUAUCACGAGCGAGGUAGAGGAGGAUGCGGACCUGAAGGAAGAGCUGAGUGAGUAUGCCAGCGUUGUUAGCUCCAAGAUGGGUUCUGUCGUCGGCUCGACGUGCGUGCCGCUAGACUGCCGCUUCAGCAGCGUGCGAACACGCGAGACGAACAUUGCCAACUUCGUGGCGGACAUGCUGCGACGUGCCACGGAUGCCGACGUGGCCCUGUUGAAUGCAGGCACACUGCGUACGGAUGCGAUAGUCGAUGUCGGACAGAUUCUCAUGCAGGAUUUGGUAAAUCUGCUGCCGAUGGGCGAUCAGACGACGGUAAUACGAAUCAGCGGCGCGCAGCUGUUGGACGCGCUCGAGAACGGCGUGUCACAGUACCCGCGCUUGGAGGGCCGCUUUCCGUGCGUGUCUGGCGUGCGGUUCACGUUCGACGCGGCCAAGAACGCUGGCAGUCGCGUCGUCGACGGGUCGGUAUCGGUCGGUGGCAACGCGCUGGAUUUGAACGGCCGCUACACGGUCGUGACAAAGAGCUACCUGGCCCAGGGCAAGGAUGGCUACGACUCGUUCAAAGACGGCGAGGUGGUGCUGGACGACGAGACCGGGCCGAUGCUGCCCACGCUGUUGCGCAACACCUUUGCAGAGCUGGAGGUGCUGGAUAGCAUGAAGGCGCGGCGGCGAUCGGUACUGCGCGGCAUAGAGAAAUGGAAAAAGCUGGCACACGUUGAUCAUGACUCGCAGGUGAAGACUACUGAUGGGUGCUCGGCGUAUGGAAUCCGGCCGAUGGUCGACGGUCGCAUAACUUGUCUCAAUGCCAAAGAAGUACCCGAGUCGUGAUGCGCCCGCAACCAAAACCUAACGGCCUGCAUCGUUCAGUGAGCUCUGAGCAGUGCCCUCGCUCUCAGGGCUAUCUCCGGGUGCAGCACUACGUUUGGCGCUGUGUGUGUGUAUGUGUGUGUGUGUGUGUGUGUGUGUGUGUGUGUGUGUGUGUGUGUGUGUGUGUGUGUGUGUGUGUGUGUGUGCGUGUGUGCUUGAGUGCGUGCGGUACGUGUACACACACACUACGAGUGCGAAUGAGCACAGACGAGGGAUUUUGAGUGAUCAAGCAUGAACUUGUGGGUUGAAUAGAUCUUCUUUUAACAAAAUGUAAUACAUCACCAAGUCUUGUACUGAACGUUACUCAUAACAUGCUGGCAAUGUUGGCAAUGACAUGACUGUUCACACUCAACUUUUUUUAGCUAACAUUUUAGGUACAUAUGAAACGUUAGUAUGUUGCGUUUAUACUUUUACUGCCUUUUUUAUAAAGACCCUGGAAUAGUAUAUGUAGCUCCAAUGUGUCGAAUGAUAUUACACAAAAUAGCUAUUAGCCUUUACAACUUAUAGGCUUACGGAGGCAGAGAGCCUUUGUGCCCAAUUGUGAAUUACUGGCCCGUAGAUGAUCGUCUGCCCUCCCUUUAUCCUUGUAUACUAUUGCUACUUCGAAGUAUAUAAUUAUGUACUACAGAAGCAACACUUGGUAUUGCAAGCAGUUAUCAAACUGAUACUCAGCUCUCUGGG